AUGUCAGGGUAUCAAGAUGACAUUGAUGAUAAAGAACAAGGAAACAUUCAAUCAUCAGCUUCUGUGCUUUCAGAUAUAAGUAUAUUAAAUAUAGCUAAAGCAUUAACUGAAAAUGAUAUGAGAGUAUUUUUAUUAUUAAAUAUACCAUUAACAACAUGUAUUAAUAAUUAUGAAGAAAUGCGUACAUUUAAUCAACGUGAAGCAGCAUUUAGUCAAAAAACAUUAAUGUAUUGGAAAAAAUUACGUGAAACAGUUAAAGAUGAUAUAAAAAUAGCUGAAUUAGAAUAUGCUUUAAGACAGUCUGAUCAUAAAGAAUUAGCUGAUAUAUUGGUUGAAAGAAAUCGUAUGAAUUUAGAAAUUACACGAGAUUUAUUACAGAAAUAA